UUUUCUAUGGAAGCUGUGAAAUUUAUCUUUCUUGAUAUUUUCUUGAAUUUUAUGCAAGAAGACUACUGUGGUCGUCGUAUUCUCGUUUGCGCGAGAAGUUAAUACGGAAGUGACUUGUGCAGGUACGGAGCACACAGCGCGUACGUACGAUAAUGUAGUAUGCGAAGUUUUGCGAUAUGCGAGUCGAGUUACGUACAUGUACAGCAUGCAUGUACGUACGUAGUACGGGUCCGUAGGAUUUACACCGUCCGUAGUACUCACUUUGCAAGUACGUACGUCAUGUGCAUAACGUCUUGUAACGUACGUACGCGUACCGUACAUGUACGUCUAGCUAGCUAGCCAGUGCAUACAAUGUUCGACGUUUGGUGGCUGCGAGUUCUCAGGGUUCUACAUAUUACUUUAUCCGUGAACUGGUGAUGAAAGCAUUAAAAGGUCUGAAAGCACCAGUAACAUGCACUGAUGUAUCUCGUUCGUUGCUUCUUGAGAAGUGUGGAUGAUGGCUUACAGUGCAGUUGUGUACAGUAGUGUAUUCAGCAUCUUGGAAGCUCUGGUAUAAGCCAUGGAAGACUUGCCUAUUGAGCCCGGCAUCUGUGCCUCCAGGAUCCGUUGCUAUACAGAGGGAGCUAUACAGCGCCCUGCCAAGUUCCAUACCGGUCGCUCUUACCGAUCCAGGACUGGAGCGAUGUAUAAGUCAGCAUCGUCCUUACAUCUUGUCAAGAAUGCUCCGGCGGAAGAUGAACCAUCAUCUACCAAACAGCUCUGCAGGUCGUGCGAUCAGCUACAAGUAGGGAUCAGGAAUGGGCCUCUGGGUAGGACAUUCGUGUCUUCGGUGAACAUUGCACUUGCAAAGCCACAACCGCCUCGAAAAAUGUCGCUUCCCUAUCAAGUAUCCCAUCAUCAAAUGGACUUGCAAAAGACUGACACUUCCUCAGUGUCAAGAGUGGAAAAAAGUGAGUCCGCAGUUGAUGGCCAAACAAAGGACAAGGAGGUUCAGGAUUCCUCGGGAUCAUCAAAAGUGGGAGGUACCGUUACAGAGAAGGACAUUUCAGGCGUUUGCCAAGAUGAGAUUGAGCUUCCGUGGGAGACAAAUGAUGAGUUCCCAUACAUUCCUGUCCUUGAGAGAAUCAAGGAGUUUGAGAAGCAGACCGGAGCCCUGAACCGGAGUCUCUCCCCAGGGCGGCGGAAGCGCAGGGGCAAACCAAACUGUAAAAAGCUGCCAGGAAGCGUGCACAGCAGCCCAGCACUUUCACGACAAAGCUCAGUGGACGAGGUCAUUGUGAGAAACUCGAGGAACUCUUCUCCAGCAAUUCUUCACCUGCACAGUGAAGCACAGAAGCGCCUGGAGCUGGACUCGGAGCACAGGGUUCAAGGAGAGGCAUCUGAUAGUGAGAGGUCCAAAGUACCCACAACAUCCGAGUCGGCAGCCAUGGGCCUUCCAGCUAUCACCAUUUCUCCAGUUGUGUCGUGUGGACUGGAAUCCCUCGCUAAGCCUGAAAUAAUUCAAGACAACUUUCUGAGUGAGUCGAGAAAUGCAACUGUGCAGGAUGCCUUUUCAGAGAAGGCACCUUCUGAAAACAAGCCAGCCAUCAACUCGGCAGAGUAUGUUGAUUGCUCUCUAGAAAAUGGUCAGAGUGAUACACCAGUUGUGGUCUCUGAAGAAACUGAAGUUGUGCAAGAAAGGACUUACUGUGAUACACGAGGAGACACAUGCCAAGACCAGCUCCUCCUAGAAAAUGAGGCAGGAGAAUCACCUGUUGAUGUCGUGGGUGUUUGUAACAAUGUUGCCUCGCAUCCUCUCAGUCUCUGCAGAACCCCUUCUAGCGGUCAGACAGAGAUAGUUUAUGUUGACACUGCCAGUCCCGGUGCUCAAGACAUUGACUCUAUCACACAUAACAAAUGUGUCACAGCUGAGUUGAGCUUUGCCGUAAAUGCCAAAAUCCACGAAAGCACUGCCACUGACAGAGAAGUCAGAGACCACAGUGAGAGUGCAGUCCUUGUCGAUAUUUUUGUUUUGGAGCCCUUGAGUGAGUGCUCACCUCCUGAAGACUUUGAGAAAACUCUGGAAGGUGAUUCAACUGAAAGUGGAACCUGCCUAGCAAGUGUUGAAUUGAUGAGUCCUUCUGAAGAAGCUUCGAGGAAGCUUUCAAAUAAUUCAUUUAAUGACUCGCUACCUGCCAAGCCUAUACACAGCCAAGGUCUUAGUACAGAAUAUACAGAAGACACAGCCCCUGAACUUCAGGUUGCGUCAUUUGAGGAGGUUACCCAAGAAGAUAACAAGUGCAAUAAACUGAGCGUUGUACAGUGUAUGACUGCCCCGACCUUUCCCUGCCCCUCAGUUAUUGGUUCAGAUGAAACUGAUCCAUUGCUAGACGAGAUACUUGAGGUGGGAACUGCCGUGGACACUGACAUCUACAGCCAACGCUGCAGCCAGCAACUUGGCGAGUCUGGAUCCGAGUCACCAGUAUUACCGAAUGCCAAAGCAGGGGAUGGUUUAGUUCCCGGACUGCUUGCAGAGAGAAGCAGUCCCUGCUUGAGUGAUUGUUGCAGCUGCAGCACCAGUGACGACGAGUCACAAACACCUGAUGGAAUAAGACCGACUGACUUCAACCCCUGUGCCACAAUCGAUCACAGUAUUGGUGAGAACCAGAAUGUAUCAUGCACAGCUUUGCAAGGUUCCAAUCCUGAAACAGUGGAAUUGGAGGAGCCCUCUGACGCCGAUCCGGAAGAGUAUACUGAUGAUUCCCUGUCCUCGACAAGCGAGAGCGAGCUGUCCGAUUCUCUUGAUUGCAUUAGAGAGGUCUUGGCAUCCAGCCAAAUGCCUGAUCUGUCCUCGUCCUUGGGAGCAUGUGGGGGGCUUCGACCCUCAGAUGAAACCGCGAACACUGCCCAGUUGGAGUCGGACAAAGCUACCUUCUCCAGGCAUAUGUCAGCUUUGAUGGAAGGCCAGUGGUGUGGCAGAGGCUCAAGAACAUCUGGAGAUGGCAAGCUCAAUGCUGAUCAGACCCUAUUCCUGUCCAAAGUAAACCAUCUCUUGGGCAUGAUACAAAACUCGCCGCGAGUUUUGCAGUUGCAGCCUCCACCACCCCCAGUCCAGGCACCAGUGCCUUCUUCAAGUCUGGACAAAUCUUCAAUGAGAGACAUUCAAGGUGCAUCCGGUGAUGUCCCGGAAACAAGACCAGUGUCUGUUUCUCCUUUCUCAAAGGAGAAUAAAAUGCUGGAGGUGCUGAGCCAACCUGCUGUCAAACAGAAAGCUGUUGUAAGGGAGCCUGAUUUCAAGCCCCGCAAACGCUCCUGCCGUAAGAAGUACAUCAACCCAGACAAGGUCAGUCACCUGCGAUACCUCAUCCUCCAGUCGCCUCUGGUUUUGUCAGAUGGCGACGACAGUGAGAGUGAGGAGAGUGACGUGGAGCUUAAUGAGUUCGGCGAGGUCAAGCAGGACUACCCCUUGGGCCGGCUGCCCGACUACAUCGUGGCCCAAAUCUUCAGCAACCUGGAAACCAAGGACCUGGCUGCCCUAAAGUGCGCUUGUAAGGACUUCAAAUGGCUGAUUGAGCGGUUUGACAUCAAGGGCCACGACUCGCGUUGGUCGGAGGAGCGGUCAUAUCGAGAGGACCCCUGCAUGCAGUGCGGCAAGAUCCGGGACCCCCGGGGCGAUGUCUCGCUGUGCCGCUGGCAUCCCAAGAUCUACUACAAGAACGGGGAGAUCGGCCGGCACUACUGGACCUGCUGCUUUGCUGGGGAGGAGGAAGCACCGGGAUGUGAGACCGCCCUCCAUGACAACAAGUGGUCGGGGUCGCACUCCAGGCUGUGCAAGGUGCCUCGCGCUUGGAGACAAUAUUGGAGGAGUUAUCCCACGGAUAGCUGAAUGUCUGCCUGUUAGUAUGAGAACCGUAAAAAAAAUUUGGUCGCAAAGUGACUUUGUACCCCCUGAUUGGCAACAAAGAGACAGCUUAGUUGUCAUUGUCACCAUGUGCCCAGUGAAUAAACAAAAACGCCAGGGUUGGUGCUGGUUUGUGCAUAAUUAUCUGCCAAACAUGUACAUGUAUAUAUACCGGUACAAAAACAAAUGUGCCAAUACGUCAUCUGUGUGCAAACCAAUGCACACCCCAGUGUGUGUACAUGGUUUGUCACUUUCUUUCAAAAUGUUAAAUAUGGUCAAAAAGAACCAUGUAAUGUCCCUAAGAGUCCAUAGUUUUAUAUAGAGUACUGAAGUGUGCCCCCUAUUCUGGUUCACGCGCAUAGAUUAAGUGUGUGAAGAUAUCUACACGCUGCGCUGACCAGCAUGUGAACGAGAACAAAGACAGACGUCAGACUUUGGUACUCUAUACCUACAUGUACAUGAACAUGUACCAUCAUGUUUACCAUGGGUUAUUGACUUGCUUUUAAAAUGUUUUGCCUCUUUCAGAGCUAGAGGACAUACAUACAUGUACAUGUAAUGUUGUGCACGUAGAACACUAAAACAAGGGCUUUUCAUAACGAUUUUGGAACCUUAUCAAGUCAUGAUUGGCAAAUUUGGCUCAAAAGAUUUUGUGAGUGAGAAUUGAUUUAUGCCUUUAAAUAUGCAUGCAACGAAUUAGGCAGAAAAUUAAGUAUAUAAUUGUGUGAGACAUAAAUUCUUUCAAAAGCAGUCAAACUUUUUUUUGAAACUUUAUUUCAGUAGGGAUUACGGCACAAGACGUUUUACUCGAAAACCUUCAAACUUUAACAGUUGUUCCGUGUUUUACAAAUGUAAUUAUAUUUUCUUCAAGCUUAACAUGUUGCCUUAAGAGUAUUCGCCAGAUAUAAGUUCUAAUUAUAUCUCUUUUAUAAAGGAUCAUUUUGCACUGAACCGGCGAAAGAAACCUAGAAUGUGUCUAGUGGGCAUUAGCGAGCAAUUUGACUGUACAUGUAGUUACUCUGUGUAUUAAGUAUUCGAUGGGAUCAGUUCACCUGAACAUGUAGGAAAAAAUUAUCAGUAUUUUUUUUCUACCAGUAUUUUGUUUCCUUCACAAAGAUUCUUUAAAUAGAAGUGUAAGUUGAGUGUCCUUAUCGCAAUUUUUAUCUACACUGAUGUUUAUGUUUUCUGUACAAGCUGUUGCAUCUGUAUUGGUUCGAGCUGGUUUACAAUUUAUCAUGUGAUUGUUGUAUAUUUUAUCAGAUGGUCAGUUAAAUUGACCUGUGUGUUGUGUUACUGGUACCUGCCAUCAGAAAAAUAUCCACUUCUUUAAUCAGGUUUCUUCUAUCUUAUGCAAUCAGAUAAUUACAAGUGCCAGUGUAAAUGUUAGUUACUGACUUGCUACUUUGCGAAGGUCUGUUUUAUUUAACACGUCGAAGUCAAGUAUUAUGCAGCGGAAUACAAAAUGUCGCAAGUUGAUUGCCCCCCAAAAGUAGUUUUGAAUAAUGAAAAUAUGAUCACAUUAUUCCUUCAUGUUAAUAAUGACAAACCUACAUGUUCAUGUACAAGCCUGCCUAUAAUGUUUAACACUUGUCUAUCAACAGCUACAAUACAAUUUUAGGAUGUAGUUAAGUUGCCACAGGAAGAGUGGAGUUCAUCCUGAAAUUAUAUUGUACUUUAAAGACACAACUGUUCAAGCAAAUUCAUGCACAUGACAUUUGAGAAAUGUUAAGUAUGCACAAGAGAUUUGAGAAAUUUAAAGUGUGCAGUAUGUAUCCUGACUAUAGUCCAUUAUUGCAUAGUGCCUGUAAUAUGGGAAGCCUUUCAUGUUAUCAUGGCCAUUUCUGAAACCUCGGCUUCACUUUACGCUUCAUCCCCUUUCAACGUACGUUUGAAAUGUGCAGAUUAAGCUCCAAAUACUUGCGGCUUUUUUGUUUACGUGUGAUGUACGAAAAGGCACACAUAAUUUUCUCAAAUCUUUCAUAUGAGACCUACCGGUAACACUGGGAAUCGAGAGCGUGAUGAAGACACAGCUGUAAUGAAGCCGAGGUUUGAGUAAUAGCCCUUUCGUGGAUGUUAUGAUUAGAGUUGUGACUUUAGACCAUGUCACAUUCGUUUACUUGUGGUAAUCACAUGACUAACACAUGAAAUAUUGAUUGGUUUAAAAAUGUUUGUUUCACUGCGCACUAGGGUUAAAUGACAAAUAUAGUGGCAGUUGGGUUCUAUAGUAGAGGGGAAUUGGAAGGGUGUCCACAGGUCCCCCACCCAAGGCCUGUUGCCCCGUGUUGCCCCCCAUAUUGCCCUCAAUGUCCCCCCUCCCAAACUCAGGAAUUUUGGGCGGCCAGCAAGUGUUAAAACGUGCUAUGAUAGCAUUCAUCAUAGCAUGCACAUGCUAUGGGAUAGCACUCCAGUUGGCAUGCUGUGAUAGCAUUCCCAAUAGCAUGCGCAUGCUGUAGCUCAUUUAAAUAAUUUGGCCUCCUGACAUGCUAUCGGACUGCUAUACCUCAAUGAAUGCUAUAUGAGAAUGCUAUUGGAGAUGGCAGUUAUUCAUAGCAUGCACAUGCUAUGCUGAAUGCUAUGAAAACUGCUAUUGGACAGCAGUCAUGUUCGGUGUAAGGGGCCCCUUUGUUAGAUGGCUGCUUUGCCUAUUGCCCACAUACAGGUGCGACAUUACAGGUGUCAUGGUCUAUAAGGUGUGGCAAAUUUUUACCUUUUACAGAACUUCUAGAGUUGAUACUGCCGUUUCUUAUUUCUGCCUUCCAGUCAUUGCCUGAUCUUCCCUAAAAAAAUUCUUACAGAGUAAAAUUUCACAGAACUGUUUAGGAUACAGUUUAAUUAAAUGCUUGAGAUUUGGGCUUGUGCGAGUGGUUACCGGCCAAGUGUGACGUGACGUGUGCUGCCAGUAACUACAGCCCACCAAAUUUGUGGAGCGUAAAAUUUUCCAGCAGCAAUGGCUUUUAAAACUUUCUCGUGUGUUUAAACACGGAAGAGUGUUAUUCGCUUCUGUUAAGCAGGAUAGUUUUUAUGAAAGCCAGUGAUUUGAUAUUAUGCAUGAUUAAUUCAUAACACUUAAAAUUCUGUCAGAUUUCUAAUGACAUUAAUUUAUAAAAAAAUCAAAGCCUCUUAUUUUGUUACAAAAUAAUUACAUGUCCAAUUACUUCUGCCUAAUAUAGGUUAUCAAACUUAAAAAUCAAAGCCUCUUAUUUUGUUACAAAAUAAUUACAUGUCCAAUUACUUCUGCCUAAUGUAGGUUAUCAAACUUUAAAAUCAAAGCCUCUUAUUUUGUUAAAAAAUAAUUACAUGUCUAAUUACUUCUGCCUAAUAUAGGUUAUCAAACUUUAAUAUAUACUUACCUCUUUCCCUCGAAAAAUAAGAUAUUAAACGAAAAUUGGGUUUUUCUGAAAAAUAAUCUUUUAUGUUGCCUAUUCCAUGUCGAAGAUUUGACUGGUAUGGCACCCUGGAUCCUUAGCAUGAGAACAAGUAACAGACCCUGCCUGUAACCAGUCUUGAAAUGCCAACACUCAUAUUUAUAUAGAAGUAACGAAGACUCACACAUUAUAUUGUGUAAAAACACUUGUUUAUUUCAAAACGAGAUUUGUAUAAAAAAAAGUAUUUUGUUACAUAGUUUAAUAUGUAGAUAACGGCAUCAUGUUCAUUUGGAAACAAUAUUUUGUGCGUUUUGGGUUGCAUUUGUAUACUUUCUGCUAUAAAUCUAAACAGCAUUAUCAGAUAAUAUAAAUAAAACACUACCACGUCUUCUGACAA